AUGCGGAGUGCUCUGAGCCCAGCUAAACACCCAGAGGUGUUUUUGCUGCCUCGUUGGAAGCGUGUAGUGGGCUGGGCUGGGCCUGGGCCCAGACCCCGCCAUGGCCACCGUGCUGCAGCCAUCAGGGAGCUUAUCAUAGUAUUUGGUGGAGGUAAUGAGGGAAUAGUGGACGAAUUGCACGUGUACAACACAGCCACCAACCAGUGGUUCAGCCCAGCCGUGAAGGGGGACAUUCCCCCAGGGUGUGCGGCCUAUGGCUUUGUGUGUGAUGGGAGUCGCCUGCUGGUAUUUGGCGGCAUGGUGGAGUAUGGCAAGUACAGCAGUGAUCUUUACGAGCUCCAGGCCAGCCACUGGAAGUGGAAGAAACUCAAAGCAAAGGCACCUGUAACUGGGCCACCUCCGUGCCCUCGACUGGGACACAGCUUCACCCUUGUGAACAACAAAUGCUAUCUGUUUGGGGGUCUGGCUAAUGAUAGUGAGGACCCCAAAAACAACAUUCCGAGGUAUCUAAAUGACUUGUACAUCCUGGAAAUGUGUCCAGGCUCUGGAGAAGUAGCCUGGGACAUCCCCAUCACUUAUGGGGCACUACCCUCACCCCGGGAGUCACAUACUGCCGUGGUCUACACUGAAAAAUACAGGAAGACGUCCAAGCUAGUAAUCUAUGGAGGGAUGAGUGGCUGUAGGCUUGGAGAUCUCUGGACACUGGACAUUGAGACUUUGACCUGGAGUAAGCCUAGUCUUAGUGGGCUGGCACCUCUGCCUCGAAGUCUCCACUCAGCCACGACCAUAGGAAACAAAAUGUACAUCUUUGGUGGCUGGGUACCUCUGGUUUUAGAUGAUGACAAAGUAGCCACACAUGAGAAGGAAUGGAAGUGCACCAACACACUGGCUUGUCUCAACUUGGAUACCAUGGCAUGGGAGACCAUUCGGAUGGAUAAAGACACCCUGGAAGACAAUAUUCCCCGGGCUCGAGCUGGCCAUUGUGCGGUAGCAAUCAAUACCCGCUUGUACAUUUGGAGUGGUCGUGAUGGCUACCGAAAGGCCUGGAACAACCAGGUCUGCUGCAAGGAUCUCUGGUACUUAGAAACAGAAAAACCACUGUCUCCAGCCCGGGUACAACUCGUGAGGGCUAAUACCAAUUCACUAGAGGUGAGCUGGGGAGCAGUGGCAACAGCUGACAAUUACCUUCUGCAGCUUCAGAAAUAUGAAUUACCUAUCACUACUGCUACUGCCAGUAGUCCUACAUACAACCUCAUUCCAUCUGCACUUGCCUACCCUCCUAAGAGCCCUGCUACAGCGUCAGUCACACCUUUACUGCAGCCACUGACUCAAGGCUCCUACCCCAAACUCAUGCACCAGGCUGUUGCAGAUCCCUCAACCACCAACACCAUCCAGGUCUUGCCAGCAGUGCCGGGCUGUUCAAUUUCUGUGCCUGUCCCACCCAAAACUAAAGUGGCUGAUCCUCAGGCUACAACAGGAAGCCCAUUGGUUACCAUGGAAAAGACCAACCAAACUGGAAAAGACCCUGUUACAGCGACCUCCCUUCUUGCUGGUCUGCGAAUGGUCCAGCCAAAGCAGAGUGCCCAAGGGAUGGUAAUUGGCAACAGUCCCAAGAUGAGUGGGAUAGCUGCUCUGGCAGCAGUGGCUGCUGCCACCCAGAAGAUCCCUCCUGCCUCAGCACCCACACCCACUGUGCUUAGCAUCCCAGCUGGCACUACUACUGUCAAGACUGUCACCAAGACACCUGGUACCACUACCCUGCCGGCCACUGUGAAGAUGGCUUCCUCACCGGGCAUAGUGAGCAACCCAGCCACUCUCAUGCUAAAGACUGCAGCUGCUCAGGUGGGAGCAUCUGUCUCUUCUACGACUAGUUCAUCCACCCGCCCUGUCAUCACAGUGCAUAAGUCAGGGACUGUAACAAUAGCUCAGCAAGCACAGGUGGUGACCACAGUGAUGGGUGGGGUCACCAAGACCAUUACCCUAGUAAAGAAUCCUAUCUCUAUCCCAAAAAGCAAUGCUCUGAUUUCCAAUCUGGGAAAAGUAAUGUCAGUGGUCCAGACCAAAUCACUUCAGACUUCAACAACAUCAGGUCAAGUGUCAGUGAAUCCUGUGACUCAGAUCAUCCAGACCAAAGGGCCUUUGCCAGCAGGGACCAUCCUGAAGCUGGUCAACUCAGCAGAUGGCAAACCCGCCACUGUCAUCACUACCACACAGGCCAGAGGGGACAAGAAUAAGUCCAAUAUCCUGGGCAUCAACAGCAUGUCCCCAAGUACCACCAAGCCCACCAUCACUAAAACCAUCCCUAUGUCAGCCAUUAUCACACCGGCCAGCUCCAUGGGUCUAAGCAGUAAUCCUGGCAUCAAGUCUCCUGUCUCCAUUAUCACCACCAAGGUUAUGACUUCAGGAACUAAGGCACCUGCCAAAAUCAUCACCAAUGUACCCAAAACUUCCACUGGCCCUGACCAACAAGGAGUGGCACAGGUGAUGCUAAAGGGGACUCCUGGACAACCCAGCACUAUCCCCUGCACCAUGCGUAUGGAAGGUGUCUACCUGGUUACUCCCGUCAGUAUCUCUGCCAUCAAGCCAGAUGUCACCACUUCAAUGACGAAGGGCACCACAGGUGUCACAACAUUAGGCACAGUGACAAGCACUGUUUCUACCAGCCUUGCUGGAGCUGGCAGCAGUGGCAUCAGUGCCUCCCUGGCUACACCCAUCACCACCUUAGGUACCAUUGCCUCUCUCUCAAGCCACGUGAUCAACCCCACUGCCACCACUGUGUCAUCUGCCCAGACUACUCUGACAGCAGCUGGCCAGCCCACUACACCUGUCCUGUCUAUGAAGCCUUUCUCCCAGCUCACCCAGGGGAGUCUGAUCACAGCGCCCAGCAAUGUGGAGGCUCAGCAGGGUCAUGAACUCCCUGAGUCCAUGUUGGCUUCCUUUACUCCAGAACAGCCCGCUGCCAAGGUCAUAAAAACUGACUCAACCCAGGAUAUCAUGCAAUCAAGCAUGGUGACAUUAUGUUCUAGCAUGCCUAGUGAGACCCAGGACAUGAGAAUGUGCACCAAUACAGCCACCAACACAGUCACAGCCAACCACAGGGAACAUUCUCAUAGCCACCAAAUACAAUUUAUUUGUGACAGGCAAGAUGCAGCUGCUUCUCUUGGGACUUCAACAACAGAACAGCAGAGUGAUGGUGUAAGGUGUAUCUGUUCCAGCUCUUCAUUUGAGACCCACAAGCCAGACACUGGCAACACAAUCACCUCCACUUCCAACUCAUUUGCCUCCACUUCCGACAUGGCCAGACCUCAUGGCUGCUUUAAUUCACCCGAUGAGAGCCAAGAGGCCAUUGCUGCCAGGUCCAGUAUUGGUGUGGGACAGCAGCAUUUUGCCCUGUUCACCUGUGUAGCAAAUUCCACCCCCACUGUGAUGCAGGCUAGUGAGUCCACUGGGAUGCUGAGAGGUCCUCAGGAUGCUCUCAAGCCCUUGAGCAAAACCUGCCAGAUCAGGACUGGCACCACCAUGACUGAGCUGGAUCCCAGACCCUCACUAUUUGUGUCAAGCCUGGACCUAGAGGCUGCUGACCACAGCCUUACUUUUAUGCAUUCCACCUCUUUGAGUGACCAUGUCAGGUGCAGUGAUCCCGGCAGCAUGGAUAGCCCCACAGUAGGAUUAAGUCAGCAGAUGUCUGUGGAUCAUCUCGGGGAGGCUCAUUCUACCCACAUCACAUCCUGUACCACCAUGGAUGCUGGUGAGCCCUUCGAGAGCCUCUUGAUCCCCAGACCUGCACGCAAGAGCUCACCUAGUCCCACUAUUAUUGGGACAACCUCUGAGGCACUGCAGUACCCUUCAACCACCAUGACUUAA